GAGCCUUAAUAUUGAUCAAUUUAUAUCCUUAAAACAUAUAUGAUGGAUAAUUUCCAACUAGUUUGUUUGCUAAAACUUCUGAAGAAAUCUCGAGCUUGUAUUUUUUCGUUCUAAAAAACGAACAAUUCCACCUUAUGAUAUCCAACACCUACCAAUGGAGAUCUCAUAAAGUUCCAUCGCCAUCGGUAAGGGCUGUAGGGAAGCACGGGAAAGAGUUUAUUUUAGAGGAUUAUUACUAGUGGCAAACUUUGGGGUAGAAAUCUAACUAAUAAAGUAUUUUCAAAACACAAGCGACAAAAAUUGAACAUUUUUCGUGGGGUACCAGCGUUGAUUAGUGACUAUAUGCAUAUACGAGACGAUGCUACCUAGAUUUAAUCUAUUAUACAAGUUAAUAUACUCGAAUGCAUUCCACUCAUAAAUGUUAGUUUACAUUAAUUAUAGAAUGAAGAUUUAUGAUAGCACUCCCGGAGAUGUAUACAUUCAAGUGGAAAGCCUUAGACUCGUUGAAUACACCUCCUCGAUUGGCAUCGCCGAGUUACUGGAUGAGUCACCAUCGUCUUGCUCUGCACUUGGGCCUCCCAUCGAACCUUGCGUAAAACGUAAAAAAAUUCCUUUCUUUAAGAUACGGGAGGAUCCCGGACCUUCACACGCUCAAUCGUGUCAGAAGGGGAAGUCCUCCAACGCACAGCAGGACCUGUACCCUAUUGUGUCUAUUCUCACGUCUGAACCUCCACCUGCAAGAAUAGACACUUAUCAAAGGUACCGUAUUAUGUCCCCUCGGGUACACAUGGGAAGAAGUGCCGAUGCACCAUCGAUCUGGUCUGCUCGAGCGCAGGUACUCGAAAAUCACACAAGGCCCUUGUACGAGUACUCAUGACUCAUAAGCCGCCAAUGAUUCAGGGCAGUCUGAUGAUAACCAUGCUGUGUGUGUAGUUCAAGGAAACCCAGGUUUCACUGCAGGUUUGCUGCUGCUCCGCUCGCCCCGAAGGUACGAGGCAGCCAGCACAGCAGCUACGCCAGAUGAUUGUCAUCUGUGGAUUUUAUUUGGUAGGGCCGCUAGCCUUGUGCGGUGGAUGGAUAAACACACGCAAAAGGUACUGGUGCUGUACCCUCGAGCCACGGUAGGGUCAUGGGCCGUGACUCACUUUAUCGGAUGGCUUGCACCCCCAACUGCUGGCGUGCAAUCACUGUUGGGCUGCCCACUCUCCUCCUCAUCCUCCUCCCUCCCUCCCUCCCUCCGUCCCUCCCUCCCACCUCCUCGUCCUCCUCCCCCCCCUCCCUGCGGCUCUGGCAGCAGCACUCUUCCGUUGUCCCGUCCUCCCGAUCGCUGCAUGGUGGCAGCAUGGAUGCCGGUCACAGAAACGCAUUUGAAACUCUACUCGUGUCACCGCUCUUGCUCCUCUCGCCCUUGUCUCCCGGCCUCGCUUUUUGUCAGACAUAUUCCUGGGUACAUCUCCAGGAGCUUCCCAACUUUCAAGGACGAAGACGACGACGACGGCGACGGCGACAGGCAGUAUCUCGCCGCUCUGCUCUUCCCUGCUGCAUCGACCAACUACCGGGGCUUGCUUGCUCCUCCUGCUUCUCCUGCAGCAGUAGUCUCAUUCAACGGCACCACCAGGCGUACAUUCAGCCCUCUGUCCAUUUCCCAUGUGCGAUCUACAAUUUGACCCGAAGACGACAAAAGGCACUGUAACCUUUUUAAUCUUCGACAUGAAAUUUCACGACCGACCGAGCGACCGAGCAGAGCGGUUUGUCUUCUUUAAUGAGUACAAGCUUGAUGUCAUGAUCAAUCUCCAGCCUUCAAGCUCCUCAGAUUUGUUGUACUGAGCGAGUGGCGAAAGUGAAAUCAGGCGCAGCAUAUCCCCUGCAGAUUAGCUUUCUCGGAUAGGAUCCGUUCCCUGUUCCGGGUUCGAGCAGCGGUUUUCAAACCAUCAGACGCAGGAUCAAUCUGACCUGCGAGCCCACCUCAUAAACCCCAGAAGUUGAACCAGAUAACAGCAGCCUCUUUUCCCCGGCUCCAGAAGGGUUGACCACGGAAUGUAAUGCUGGAAGGUAAUGAUGGCCAAAGAAUCCCAAAGGAAACCAUGAGUUCGAGCUCGGAGCAGAUAUUAACACCUGGACUGGUAAUUGACUUUGUCGGAGGUAGAAUUACACCGUGCGAGAGAGGAAUUGACGUGUAGACUCGUCGGUGGUGGUAGUGGUGGCGGAAAGAAUGCUUGGAAAUUCUGUGUUCCAGCCUGAGCGCAUAUCGUUAAUCGAGACCGUCCUCUAGUCUCGCGCCUUCGAAGACUCGAGUCCAAAGCAAUUCUGCAAGUGCACGGUCCGAGCAAUCCGGGGGCGGGCGUCCCGUACGCGUUCGGGCUGUCUCUCAUGAUGCAGACAGCGUGUCUCUGCAUCCCGGCAGCUGCUGCGUCGGUCGUCGAGCGGUAGUAGGAGUGGUGAUGUUGUGGCGAGCGACGAGCUGGCGAGAAGAGUUGAUGGGGCGUACUGUGAUCGAGCGAGUAGGUGAUCGGUCAGUGUGAUUGUUCCGAAGGUCGUGCUUGAGUGUUUGGAAGCGCAGACAUGCCUGAUCAUUGGACCACAAUUUGUUAGUCUCGCUGAUUGAUGGAAGCAGCAUCUCGUGCAGUAUAUAUAUGCAGUGCAUGUUUAAAGCUUCUUUAUCUUUUCCAGCCCCAUGAUGCAUCUCUGUCUACCCCGUUCUGCACAGCUUGCGCGUGCUCAUG